AUGAAACUCGAAGAAGUGAAGGAUAUUCAAAAAAUAGAAAGAAUUGGGGCACACUCCCACAUUAGAGGGUUGGGUUUAAAUGACUGCUUAGACGCUCGUUAUUGUUCCGAGGGUAUGAUAGGACAAAUGAGCGCGCGUAAAGCUGCGGGUAUUGUUUUACGAAUGAUUAAAGAGGGAAGAAUUAGUGGAAGAGCAAUUUUACUAGCAGGACAGCCAGGUACAGGUAAGACUGCUAUUGCUAUGGGUAUUGCAAAAGCAUUAGGAGAAGAUACUCCCUUUACUCACAUUUCGGGCUCAGAAGUUUAUUCUUUAGAAAUGAGCAAAACAGAAGCUUUAACUCAAGCUUUUAGAAGAUCAAUUGGUGUUCGAGUAAAAGAAGAAUCAGAAGUAAUUGAAGGAGAAGUAGUAGAAAUUGAAAUAGAGCGUUUUCAGGAAAAAGAUGCUACUACUAAUAAUAAAAAAGUUGGUAAAAUGAUACUUAAAACUACAGAAAUGGAAACAUUAUAUGAUUUAGGAAAUAAAAUGAUAGAAGCAUUACAAAAAGAAAAUAUUACUGCAGGGGAUGUUAUUUGUAUUGACAAAAGUACAGGGAAAAUUACAAAAAUUGGCAAAUCUUUUGCUAGAUCGAAAGAUUAUGAUGCUAUGGAUCCCAAUACCCAUUUUGUUCAAUGCCCGGAAGGGGAAUUGCAAAAAAGAAAAGAAGUUGUCCAUACAGUUACAUUGCACGAUAUUGAUGCUAUAAAUAGUAGGACCCAAGGAUUUUUAGCAUUAUUUUCAGGAGAUACUGGAGAAAUAAAAAAUGAAAUAAGAGAGCACAUUGAUAUGAAAAUUAAUGAAUGGCAAGAAGAUGAAAAAGCAGAAAUAGUACCUGGAGUUUUAUUUAUUGAUGAAGUACACAUGUUAGAUAUCGAAUGUUUUUCAUAUUUAAAUAGAGCUUUGGAAAGUGAGCAAUCUCCUAUUGUUAUUAUGGCAACAAAUAGAGGUAUUACUCAUAUAAGAGGAACUGAUUAUAAAGCUCCUCAUGGUAUCCCAUUAGAUUUAUUAGACAGAACGCUUAUUAUACCUACAUACCCAUAUAAGCAUGAAGAUAUAAUGAAAAUACUGGAACAACGUGCAGAAGAAGAAGAUGUAGAAAUCGAUGAAUUUGCUAAAGAACUUUUAUGUAAAAUAGCAUCUGAAUCGUCUUUAAGAUAUUCACUACAUCUAAUCACAUUAGCAAAUUUAGUUGCAAAAAAGCGCAAAGCAACGGAAGUUACUGUGCAAGAUGUUAGAAGAGUUUAUAAUUUAUUUAUUGAUGUCAAAAGAAGCACACAAUAUCUUAUUGAAUAUCAAAAUGAGUUUAUGUUUUCAGAAUUACCAAAAGACGAUGAAAGCAUUAAUGAUCAAGAAUCCGUUGACGAAAAAAGAGAAAAUCAAGAAAAGAAGUGA